CUGAUUUAAAAAUGAGCGCGAGUCCUGAGGGUGCUACUGCGUUACUCGUUGGGGCGGGGGGCAUUGGGUGUGAGCUUUUGAAGAACCUAGUUUAUAAUGGGUUUAAUGACAUAACAAUCGUAGACCUUGAUACUAUCGAUGUGAGCAAUUUGAAUAGACAAUUCCUGUUCAAUAAGAAACAUGUAGGGCGUUCUAAAGCGGAGACUGCAAGAGAAAAUGUCUUAACAUUUAAGCCGACCGCUAAUAUUGUAGCUUAUCACAAAAGUAUAUUCAGCUCAUCGUUCGACUCUGAAUUCUUCGGAAAGUUUGAUAUUGUUUUCAAUGCUUUGGAUAAUCUUG